AUGAUUAAUAAUAAUAAUUGUGUCGAAGCAGAAAGUAACAUAUGUGGGGAUAUUGAAGAAUUAAUUGACGAUUUAAUAUAUUAUGUUAGAACAAAUGAUAUAGUAGAAGUAAAGAAAAUAUUAGAAAUAGAUUCCAGAAUUACAAGUUUAAAUAAUAUUAAGGAUGAGAAUGAUAAUACAUUAUUACAUUUUGCUUGUGCAAAUAAUAAUAUAGAUAUGAUUUUAUUUUUACUUUAUGAAUGUUGUAUUGAUUAUAAUCAAUAUAAUAAAAGCGGUAACAGUCCCCUGAUGUGGUCCAUACAAAAUAAACAUAUAGAAUCCACGAGAGAAGUUUUAUUCUUUGAUUAUUAUUUAAAUAAAAUGAAAUAUAAUAAUUUAGAAAAGAAAAAAAAUCAAGUAUUUGAAAAUAUGAGAUAUGUAAAUGAUAAUAAUUUUAUAAAUCAUAAUUUUAGGUUAUCUCCAAAUAUAAAAAAGAAACUGAAUAUAAUGGAUAUAUAUAACUUGUAUGAUGGAAGGGAUGUGGAACAUAUGAACAAUGAUAUAAUUAUAUGUGAUGAAUUAUUACAAAAUAGUAAUGAUAAGCAACUUUUUCUUUAUAAAGAAAGGAACAAAAUAAAUUUGUUAAAAAAAAAUGAAUUUAAUAAAAGUAUUUUAUCCGAAGCUUUUGAUGCUCAGAAUGAACAGAUUCUACAUCUAGUUUUGAAUCACCCCAUAUCUGUUGUAUUGGAUAACCAACAAGACCAGUCAGAUGAUGAUAAUAAGAUUAAAGUUGAUGGUGAUAUGGAUGUAAAUAUGAGUGAACAUCCCCCCACAAAACAUGAUAAUAAUAAUAAUAAUAAUGAUAAUAAUAAUAACAAUAUUAAUUGUAAUAACAAUAUUAAUUGUAAUAACAAUAUUAAUUGUAAUAAUAUUUGUGGUAGUAGUGUGAACACUAAAAUUGAUAAUAAUGAUUAUAAUACAGAAGAAAUAAAAAAUGAAUCCAAUAUAGAAUUUACAACAAAUAUUCAUGAAGCAAAAAUAAUUCAAGAAAAGACAUAUGAAUUAAUAAUAAACGAUAAAAUAAAGAAAGAAGAAUAUGAUGAUUGUAAUAAUAAUAAUAAUAAUAAUAUUAUAAUACAGAUAAGAGAAGUUGGACUUAAUUAUUUUGGAGAUACUCUCGAUGAAUCGAAUCCAUGUAAUGAUCUUACAGGUAUUAAUAUAUGGGAAAGUUGUCUUGUGGCUAGUCGAUGGUUUAGCGAUUUAUCUUUACAGAAUUUUUUUUCGAAUAAAAAUAUUUUAGAAAUUGGUGCUGGCAGUGGUUUGGCUAGUAUAACAAUAUUUAUAUAUUCUAAUAUUUACAAUAAUAAUAAGGAAAAAGGUAUAAAGAAUUUAAUUAUAAGUGAUAUAAAUAAUAUAACAUUAAAUAAUAUUAAACAUAAUUUAUUUUUAAAUGAAUAUUUAUUAAAUUUUAAUAAUUCAGAAUGGAAAAAUAAAAUUACUGUUACUAAUAUAGAUUGUACAAAUAUAAAUACAUACCCACGAGAAAAUAAUCAAAUAACUAAAUAUGAUUGUAUUGUAGCUAGUGAUAUUAUUUAUGAUCAUAAAUUAGUUCCCUCUAUUAUAUUUUUAUUAAAUACUACUCUACAAACAAAUGGUACUUUUCUAUAUGUAUGUAAAAAAAAUAGAGACGGUAUACAAUUAUUAAUAAACCAAUUAGAAAAUAAUAAUUUUACAAUAGAUUAUUUUACACCUCCACAAGAUUAUUUUAAAAAUCCUUUUCUUAAUUUAUCACAAAAUAUUUUUAACAUGAAAUUCUCAGAGUUUGACGAUCAACAAAACUUUAUCAUGAUGAAAUGUCAAAAGUUAUAA